AUGUCCAUGAGCAGUGCGUCUUCCCAAGGUGAAGGUGCAUAUGGAUAUGAGCCCGAGACACCUUCCAGCCGCACUACCGUCGUCGCUUCUCCCUCGUCGUCCAAGUCGACGCCUCCUCUCGCAGCAUCUGCAUCAGGCCGGAAGCCCUCUUACCUUGACGUGCCGUCUUUUCGGCCUUCGCUUGACAGCACAUACUCGGAGCUCUCAGAGCUCUCGUUUCACUCCACCGAACUUCAAACCGCCCACCCGCUCGUCCGGAGCAUAUCCCACGAUGGCGCUCGCUCGAGAUCAACUGGCCCGCCUCUGCCGUCGCGCCUCCGAGCUGCUUGGGAUUCCUUCUAUGUGACGAACUAUGGUGCUUUGUUGGUCCUCGCAUCUCAGGCCUUCGGUGUCGGCAUGAACAUCAGUACCCGACUCCUUGAGACGCCUGGCGCUCACGGCGAACCGAUGCAUCCAUUUCAGAUCCUGUUCGCUCGCCAGUCCAUCACGGCGCUCAUCUGCACAACGUACGGCAUCUACUUCAAGACUACUCCAUAUUUUCCCUUUGGUCCACGAGGUGUUCGCUGGCUCCUGGUGUUACGCGGCAUUGCUGGCUUCUUUGGAGUGUUUGGCUUGUACUUCAGCCUGCUAUACCUGCCCCUGAGCGAGGCAACCGUCCUGGGGUUUCUGUCGCCAAUCCUUACCUGCUACCUCUGCAGUUUUAUUAUACCCGGGGAAAUCUUCACCGCACAGCAGCAAAUUGCCGGCUUUGUCAGUCUUAUCGGCGUCCUCUUCAUUGCCCGACCGGCCUCGCUGCUCUCUUCAGCCUCAUCGUCAACCCAGCCUUCUGACGCCAUAGUGAGUCCUCCAUUGAACUCGACCGUGACAUCUGAGACGGCUCAACACAUUACUCCCGAACAACAUCUGGCAGCAGUUGGCAUUGCAAUGAUUGGCGUUGUUGGGUCUGUUGGCGCCCUCACUGCGAUACGUGUCAUCGGCACCAGAGCCCACGCGUUCAUCAGCAUCAAUUACUUCAGCGUCUGGUGCAGUGUCGUUUCCCUGGUGUGCCUGGUCAUCGUCCCUGAUGUCAAAUUCCGGCUACCGGGAAAUCUCACCGAAUGGAGCCUGCUUGCCAGCCUCGGUCUCUGCGGCUUUGUCAUGCAAUUCCUUCUGACGGCUGGUCUAGCAUACGGUGGACCCUGUGAACCGUCUAGUCAAAGUCGAAACCAAAAUGAAUCCACCCAAAAGUUUAGGGAUCUCGAGAGCUCCGGUCCAGCCGCCCACCUGGAAAACCCUGGGGAUACCGGUUACUGUAACUCUUCGGCGAAGCCCAAGCCCAAACCAUCAGGUACACGUGCAACAGCCAUGUGCUACACGCAGAUGCUCUUUGCGCUAGCUGGGGACAAGUUGGUCUUCGGCGUCACCCCGGACACGAUGAGCUGGAUUGGCAGCGUGUUGAUUCUUGCAGGGGCAGUGUGGGUGGCUGCUGCAAGGGACUCGGCAACUAAGGCCAAGCGGAGUGAGAAUGGGGCUCGUGUAAGCACUCCGUCUGGAUUGGAAGUGCUGAGAGAGCACGCACGGUCCAAGGGGGAAGAAGCCACUCAUGAAGAAGAGGCCAUUGGGUUGAUGAGGGGCCACGAGGAUGAAAACGAGGAGGUAAAUGAUGAACCUGAUGACGACGAUACCAUUGACGAGGCUGUACGACAAGGCGAGCACAGCGAGGCCCUAGAAAUGCGUGAUUCACGCCGGGACACGAGCGGAGGUUUGAAGUGA